GCAGCCCUCGCGAGAGCUACUCCUGUACAGGAAGGACUGGAGAUUGCUCACCUCCGGGGGAAUUUCAGUUUCCUCUCUGAGCGUUAAUGUCAAGCCUGGUUAUAAAAUGGUGGCACACUGGAAAAGAGCCCUUUUCCUGCUUUUAGCGUCAUACAAGUUCUUUCUGGUUACAUGUUUGUUAAUGGAGGAGAUCCCAGAAGAAUGGAUGCUAUUACAUGUUAUUCAGGGACAAAUAGGAGCUGGAAACUACAGUUAUCUGAGAUUAAACCAUGAAGGAAAGAUAAUACUCCAGAUGCAGAGCCUGAAAGGUGAUGCUGAUAUGUACGUGUCCACUGCAACACUUCACCCUAGCUUUGAUGAGUAUGAGCUCCAGUCAACAACGUGUGGCUUUGACACUAUUACCGUUCCAGAACAUUUCAGUCGUCCAGUGGGCAUUGGAAUCUACGGUCACCCGUUUUACAUGGAAAGUGAAUUUGAAAUAAAAGUGUAUUACGACCAAACUAUCCAAGAUGAUCCUUUUAUUGAUGGUUCCUUUGAUCCUGAAAAGAUGGAAGCCAAUCAUAAAAUGCAGCAACAUGCUCCUGUUGACACAUCUCAGGAGGAGGAAUCUGUGCUGCGGACUAUACUUAUAGGAAUUUUGAAAAUAAUUCUUGAGAUCCUUUUCUAAUUGCGAUGACAUUUGUAUUAAGUAUUCUGUUCACUCAAAGCUUGUUAAGUUUGUAACAUGCAAUAACUGGAAUUUUCUACAAACAAUAAAAAAGGACCAGGAAGUUCAAGCGUGCCACAGUAUGUUCCCUUGUAUCUCCAUUGGACACUGAUCUAUUAUAUUUGGGAUUUCAAUAUAAAUGAUCUUAUAUAGUAAGAAUUAUUCACUUUAUACAUGGGAAGGGACAGCUCUGGUGACAAAAAAAGAAAUUGGUGAGCUGGGCCUAUAUAAUGCAUUGUCUGUGGUAGAUCUCCAUCUGUUGUGAAACUACAACUCCCAUGAUACUUAGCUAGAAUCCUAAUGGAAAAGCUUGCUGCCUCUGGAAAGCUAAACUGUGUUGUAAUCCCACACUUUUCUUUUUAUUAUUAUUCCUCAUCUCUGGCUAAUAGUGCUCACAUGCUUACCAAAGCAUAAAGUAAAUAUUGUUAGGGGGGGUUAUCUGAAGGGUGAAAAGGGAACGUUGCAUUUUUAUAAAACCGUCAAAUAUUUUCACACUGUAAAUUUGAUAAGUCAGAAUGUAUUUUGAAUAAACAAAACAAAUACAAGCUACAGACUGGAAUCUGUACAAAGAAUGUUUUGUGGUAUUACCAAAUAAAAUAUUAGCUGCUGCUAUAUUUCUCCUAA